AUGCGCCAGGCGACGACUUUGACGACGAAAGCGGCUUCUUUGUCUUCCUUUUCUUCUUUGAAAAGCAGCGCCUUCAUUAAGAGGAGUUUUGGUUUUGGUGGUUUUGGGAAAAGAAGUUCUCUCAAUUUCAAUACUGCGACGACGACGAGGAGGAAGGGAUUCGGGACGCAACGCAUCGUCAUCGGAGACAUCGUCGGUGCAAAGACAACGAGAAGAAGAAGAACAACAACAACAAUAACAACAACAAAAGCAGCUGCUGCUGCCGCGAUGAGUAGUAGUAGUAACAAUAAUAAAUACGCGCCAGGGGACGCGCUGACGAACGUGACCGUGUGCGUGACCGGUUCCAACCGCGGGAUCGGGUUACAAUUGGCGAAAGAGUUGCUCGAAAAUGACAACACGGUUAUAACCACCGCGCGAGAUGUAUCGAAAGCGAAGGAUUUGUUGGAGUUGCAAAAGAAAUACGGCGAAGGAAAAGUAAAAAUAACCGAGCUUGAUGUCGGGAAUGAAAACAGUAUUAAGGCGUGGGCGAGUCAGUUAGCCUUGGAGAAGAUCAAAUUGGACGUGGUGAUAAACAACGCCGGGAUUAUCGGUACCGAACCCGGGUAUAAAAAAUGGACGUGGGACCUCGUCGAUCAGAACGAGAUGAUGGAAGUCUUCAAGGUGAACUCUGUUGGCCCUCUCCUGGUGUCGCAACAACUGUUGAAACAUAAAAUUUUGAACCGCCCAGCGUUGAUUGCAAACGUGACUUCAAAAGUAGGCAGCGUCGACGAUAACGGGUCCGGGAAAGGGUACGCCUACCGAGCGUCCAAGGCGGCGCUGAACAUAAUCAACAAGAGCAUGUCCAUCGACUUGAAAGAAGAAUUCGACGUGACGUGUAUGUUAUUGCAUCCCGGGUGGGUGCAAACGGACAUGACCGAAAAGAGAGGUCUGAUUGAAACUCCAGAGUGUGCUAAAGGUCUGAUUAAAGCCAUGGAAGGUAAAUACGGAUCUUUGAAUGGGCGCUGGUACGAUUAUAAAGGCGAUGAGAUCCCUUGGUAA